GGAAUUACACAGUGAAUUAAUUGUGAAUGGGAUUAUACAGGUGCGAGGAAAAGAGCCAUAAUUUGAAACUGUGUUUUGCCUAUUUACAAUUAAAAACAUGGCGUUUCGCAGACCGGAAUUACCGCACGACAAAAUAUAUCAUUUGUUUGUGUGCUAUGAAAAGAAUUCAUUAAACUUUGUUCGGACCAUUGUUGAUAAUUUAGAGGCCGAGGGAAUUACGUGCUGUUACAGUGCAAGGGAUUUUAGAAUAGGACGUUCUUUUAUAGGAAGCAUGUAUGAAGCCAUUCGGAAAAGUUUAUACAUGCUGAUUGUUUUGUCCGAGGAAUUCAAAGACAGUUCUUACUGUUUGCAUGAAACGGAAGAAGCGUUUGACAUGAAGAUGAAAGGUGAAUAUGACGUUAUUCCAAUUAGAAUAGAACCAUGCACAAUUCCCGAAUGUCUUCAGCAUCUAGUGUAUAUUGACGUUGAUGACAAGGACACAAUCCACAAUAAGGUUAUCGACGCUAUGACUAACAAAGAUUUGAGGAUAGACUUUAGAGAAGAUAGAAACGGAGAAGACAUCCAGAUUAAGUUGGAAAUGUACAAGACGAAUUGGUUGUCUUUCAUAAGAUACAGACUGGUGUUUACUGAAAAGGAAAGAGCAAAGAUUUGGGGCAACAAAUUUGAGGUACCAGCCGAUCUCCUGCAGGAAAUAGAAGAUACUGUAAAUGGUUCUUCACUUAUGAAAUAUGGAUACAUUUGUACUUUGCCAGGAUGUGACGAGGUUGUAUCAAUCAUAUUCCUGUGUCUUCUAAUACUUCUGACGGUUGUAUUUCUGAUACUGUUCAUCAGAGCAUCUGGAAUGGACGUAGAAUAUAUUUUACUUGUUGUGGUAGUACCCUCUUUCUUCGCCGGUAUAUAUAUAGCGACAUUACGUAGCUUCAAAAAGGAUAAUAUUCUGGUAGAGGAUUGUGUACGGUCUAUCUUAAGACAUUCAGGGUGUUGCUGGAUGAGCUGUGGGACAUCAGCCAAGAAAACAAGAAGCGGACAGGAAUGGUUUUCUUUUUCGCACAGAAAACAGAAAAAGCCAUAUCGCCUGCAAACCUAAUAUUUCACAUUAUGCGCUACAACUUCAAACCAUGCGAGGAUUACUUCACGAGGCGUUUGGACGAAAGGAAAUUCCUAAAGAAUUUGUGCAAGGAAAAUGAGUCAGAUCAGGAAUAUACAUCUAGAAUGUUUGAUAUAUACAUGAGAAAGAAUUGCGACAAACUAAGUCUUGCAAGCACUACACAUCGACACCCCAUGAAAAACAGCGCUAAAUGUGUAUGUUUGCUGGUCGAAAAAUGGUUGAAAAAUAUGUAAGGAAUAACCAGCGUGCUUCUUCGAAACUGUAGAAAAUAGAAACGUUUUAUAACAAUCAGAAUUUUGCUGCAUGUCUAUUAUUCUGCAGAUUGUUAUCACAUUUUUCCAGUUUAAUAUUCAUGACGAUUAAAGGAAAGUAAAAAAGAAGAUACAGUGUGACCGAGAUCCGUGUCAUUACCUAUUACCAAUAGUUUCACAAUUUCUGACCUUCGGAAUAUCUUAAGUACAUGAUCCCACCUUAUUCUUCGGAGAUUCGAACUAAGAUAAAACGUUUAUCUUCUUUCCUCGUAAAGAUAACAAGGACAAAACACAUAAAAGAUACUAGCUACUGUAUUUGGACAUUACUGUUAACUGAUGUAUUGCCUGUUCAAGAAUAUAUAUAUAUGUGCAUUUGUUAAAACGCUUUAUUCAGUUUCCAUUUGUUACCAUGCGCUUUAUCAUGAAAUUAUCGCCUGAUGACGAUGAGCAACAAUGAAUUAACAUCUUUGUGCCCUAUGUUUCGCUGUCCAUUCGCUGCCCUAGACUAAAAUUCUUUAGAAUGAGUCAACUGUACAUAUUGACUUACGCCAUAAACACUGCUAAAUCAUUAUAGAAUAAAAUCUCAAUAUCUUAGAUAUGAAAUGGUAGCCAUAUCCAUAUCACCUUUUAUUACAUACUCGUUUCUAUUCCCUGUUAAGUUACACUGGUACCGGAAACGUCAAUAUUUUUCCAUACACUGACGCCUGAAUUUGAUAUUGGGUGCAUGACGUAUUUCAGUGUGUGUUGUUGCACUAUUUGUUUCUAUUUAGUUCAGUAUUGUCAAUCCUAUUCAGGCUAUUGAACAUAUUUAUGAUAUUUACAUAAUAUUUAUAAGUGUAGAUGCGUAUGUAAUAAAAAGGUUAUUAUCUUUGCAUCGGGAAAUAUGCACUCGUUCAUCAGCGGAAGAAUAUUGUGCUCCUAAAGUCGCGCAAUUUUGCCGCUGAAGAACGAGUGCAUAUUUCCCGAUACAAAGCUAAUAACCUAUAAAUGCAUGCUAGUCCAAACAAUUUUGCUGUAAAAUCUCUUUUAAAGGUACUAUUUAAAUGGAAAUAACUGAAAUAUACCAUUAAUUUGAAGAGUUUGCUUAGUUUCUGCUUCCAGUUAAAAGGUCAAUAUUAAUUUGCGUACCGCAUAUACUGAAACAUUUUCAGUAAAUGUACUACCUUCGUGUUGCAGUAAUCUGGGAUGCACGUUAUAAUCAUAUCAAACAUAUUGUGAUAUAUGACUAAAGACUGGCUGUCUAUGAACGUAAACCUUUCAAACGUUUUGAAACAUGGUGCUUCAUUAAACUCAUAUACUUUCUAAGGCUUUUAUUUUCAUUACACGAAGUUACGGGAGAAUUUUACAAACUCGCAUUCAAUUUAAAGAAUUCAGUUAUAAUAAAACAGAAAACAACGAAAAUAUGAUUAUAAGAUAUAUAUCAUAUCAUAGAUUCUGAUAUCAAAUUUAGCAAUUCCGUAUAAUAGUUUUAAGACAACAACUCAAGUUGACAGAGUGACAAAUCUGUCAAUAUAAAUACCAUUUUUAUGAGCUAUCGGCCAUUAAAAAAUAGAAAAUUUAUUUCAGCAUUGAACUUUAGACAUGUGUAAUUAUAAGAGUAACUUGCGAGUAGAAACGCUAGAAGCAAUGAAUAUAGCAACGGUAGCCAGAGCCAAACACGCACGCCACCAACAAAAGCAAUUUCCAAUCACAUCAACAAGAUAAAAGAUACAAAAUGUGGGAAAGGGUAUGGGAGUGAAGCGGGAGGGUGACACAGAAUGUGGGUUGGGAAAAGGAACGGGAAGUCACACCACCAGCAUACAAGACAGCUAACAUAACAAAUAAACAUGGUACGGACCAGAAGCAAGCUGAAAAUAGAGGCACCGUCUUGGAACGGUCAGUAACCUUUGUAAAUAAAACUGAAACGCUACCUUAGAUAAAACAGUGUAAAUACAAUAAUUCCUGCUGGUAUAAGCUCUAACAUUGCUGACAAGGUACUGCAUAAAACAAAGCAUUCAUAUAGCGCCAAUACGAGGUAUCAGUGCAUCAAUGUACUCUGCAAAUUGUCUAAAGUCAGAGCACAAAGGGCAUAACUAGGCAAAUUGCAAGAAUCAAUUUCCUUCCCUCUGUGAUGUGUAGGAUUUAUGAGAAAAGCAUUAUGGAGUCUUACAGUCUGUACCAAAUACGAAAUCGUAGCGACUAGCUGUAGAGGAGUAAAUCAUUUUAUCCCUCGUGAAUUAAUUUUCUAACAAAAGUUUACAAAUUUGACUCCAUAGUAUUCCGGGUGAACAAUACCAAGUUUAAGAAGGGUUUUAAGGUUUGUGUUGUAUAUCUUAAAAAGAACGAUCUGUGGUAAAAUUAUUGAAAGCAUUCCGUAGUUGUGAUAGCGGCAAUGAAAAUAUUUCUAUGAUUAAAAUGAUCUAAUUUCGAUCAUGCUCAUGCACAAAGAAUGAGUUGUGAUAUUUAUAGAUGUUGCUUGACGCUUCUAAAUCUGAGUAAUUGACUGUAAUUAUUUCGGACAUAUGUGCUUUAUAUGAAAAUGUUAAUUUUUCAUAACUAAAACUAUCAUCAAGGUACCUUGACGUAUUAUUAAAACCUUCAAUAACGUCGAACUGGGUUUUAGUGGAAAAACUGCGUAUGAAAUCUCGUGGAUAUGGGCCUUUCAUUAUUUCUUUAGAGUGAUUGUAAUAUCAUUGCUGUUCUAUAUUUAAAACGAAUUCAGGGGAAAACCUUGUAAUGGACAAUGUUGAUGAAACUGUUGGUAUAUUUACCUUGAAUUUACAGAGAACUUGCUAGUAAUCAAUAUUAAUUAAAACAGACGUCAGCGGAUUGUGUAGAAAAGCUGUGAAAUGCGUUGCUCACGCAGUUAACGUUUCAUGUAAAAUAAUAACAACCAAGAUUUUAGCAAUAUAUGAAUUAUGAUAAAAGUCAUUGUUUCCAGUUUCUUUUUAAAUUCUGAUAUUGUUGUGUUCAUCUGUUAGACUUUUGAAAAAUAACCACAUGGGAGUAGGUAUGUUUCUACAAGUACUUUCAAUACACAUAAACGAUGUUUCAUGAUACAAAUGCCAAAAUAACUUAAGAAGAAAUAAUUUGUCUCCUAAUUGUCAAAUGUUAUAAAUAGGAAGAGAUUCUGGACAUGCAGAUAUAGAAAGAAAACCAUUGCUAAUUUAUUGAUUAAUCAACGCCCUUUUUCCUACUAAUGACUAAUAUAAUGACUGUAAACAUUUAAAGUAAAAUGAAUAUUAUAAAUUCAAAGAUCUAUUCACCUUUAGUGUAAUUUUCAAGUACAUGUAGUUUAAACAUUUUUUCUAAGAAUUGUUUCAUUUUUCAAAGUUCUUUCCUCAAGUGGUCUACCUUCAAGUCGCACCAGUAUAUUACUAAGGGACCUUAACUGUUACUCAUUCAUUCCCUAAGUCAUCAGCUCCGUUGUAUCCCUUAUAAGUUAUAGUUCUAUCCUUAUUUACUGUCUAUUAUCUAUUAUUUACCAUGGUUAUUCUACGAUUAAUCACAUUUGGGAACUUGUUAUUUCGAUUCUGAUACGACAUACUGUAGGCUUACUUAUUUUAGCGGUGUACUAAUAACAGCGCUUUUAGCGCUAUCGCACGUGCGCUAAUUCAUGUCCGCGCAUUAAUUUGUCCAAGCAUUUUCAUGUACAUUUUCAUUUAAUGAUGUUUUCUUCGAACUUUUGCAAAUAAAUACUCUUGAGAGUUUGCACUAGUUACACUGCUUGCUAAUAUUUUAAGGUUCGUAUGAUAUUCCUGUUUAUUGUUCAUAUUAUUAUUUUAAAAAUACAAUCAUGCAAAAUAAAAUAUUUAAGCUUG